GCAAUUCUUCAGGUUCAGAUAAUUUGCCAAAAUCCAAGACUUUGAAACCUUUCUACGUCUCAAAUCCGAACUCAAGUGAGAACCAAAACGCUAUAUUACGAAAGAAAUCUUUAGAGUUUUUAAGGAACCUUCUUACUGAAGAAGAGAUGCAAGAGAUGCAAGAUGAGCAUAUUAAGGAGCGAUGUGAACUUGUAGAACUUCUUUUACAACAGUUCCUCCUUGCGGUGGGUGUCGUUCCUCGCACUUCGUUCGUCUGUUGCGGGGGUGCUCGUGGGGUGUCGUCCUUACGUCUGACCAUCCCCGACGCAAAAAAGCACAAGAUUGAUGGACUUUUCAAAGUGAUUAAGGCGAAACAAAAAAAUCAAGCCAUAAUAAUUGUCGAGUUUUCAUUUGGUAGAAAAGCGCCUUUAACAAAAGAAGAUGGCGAUCAGGUCAAAUUAUGUCAAAAUUCAAUGCGAAUUUUGAAUAAGUUACUACAAGAUGUACCUAAGGACAAAGCGCGUGUUUAUCUGGUACAAGCUGUCAACGGCUACAUCAUUAUCAAGUAUCUAGUUCGUUCCUUACCAUCAAUAUAUAUUCUUCAAAAAUUCACGCAUAUUAAAAUACCCGUGUCCUUUGACGAUUUUGAACAGUUCGCAAAAGAUAUGGCGGACUUGAUGAAUUGGCAGGUUGAGGUGUUGUCAACGAUUAAAGCAAUUAAUAAAGAAUCAACAGGAGAUAACAAUAUCCAUAUAACUUCAGUUCAGGAUACACCAGCAAAGAAAACGAAUAAUAAAAAUCAACCUUUUCCUAAAUCGCCACCUCCCGAUUCCACACCUCUUGGUUCCAAAUCGUCGGGUCGCGAUUUGAUGCGCUAUCUAGAUUCACCAGCUCAUGAAAAAAUCGAUUUAAACGAUCUAUAA